GAGAUCAUUUACUCUGAAGCGCUGGUUGGACUCUUUUGCCCUUCGUCUGAACAGAAUUGCGGAAGUUGCUGCUGCGACAGAGGCUUGAGUCGAGAAAAAGACGGCAAUAAAGUGACGAGACGAGCGAAAACAACAGGCUGGUAUCUCCAAAGCUGAAGCGUGUCUGUAUUUAGCUGAAGUCAUGGCCACCUCAGAGGUUUAUACCUCAACAACAGUAGCAGCCCAGCAGAGCGACUCCAGAUGCUUCACAGUGCCUUCUGAACACCUGACCAAAGUCAGAUUCUGCAUUAAAGUCGUUGAAGUGCUCCUGUCGUUCGUGGCCUUCGUGCUAGAGGAAGUGGUGAAUAACUGUAUGUCCUGCGCGCCGCUGUAUUUUUUUGAGUUCGUCAGCUGCACAGCCUUCCUCUUCACCCUCCUCCUCCUCAUCCUCCUCAGCACACAGCUGCACACGAAAGUGGGCAUCACCUGCUGGCCGCACCUGGAUUUUGGAUACACGCUCCUAAUCCUGGUGUUCUUCGUCAUCGCCUCGAUCGCCUUCGUUACGGAUAACAGUGGGACCAAGGUGGAAAACGCCGCUGUGUUGUUUGGGUUCCUCGCGUCGGGCGCCUUCCUCGCAGACGUGGUUGUGUUUAUAAAGACGAGAGGCGUUCCGUGUCUCGGCAAGAAACAAGCAGCAGAGAACCCAGCAGCGCCGGUGCCUGAAGUCGAGAAGCUGAACGCUAAUGGAAACGAGUCAGGUUAAUCGGAGACGUAAAUGGAGAAAAAUCCGGCCGCUUCACUCUUAAUCUACCCUAGACUGACACACUGUCCCUCAGUGUCUUUAUUACAUUUUAUUUUGUAAAUGAAGACGUUUUCGACCCAAAGCUCAGAGAUCAUGACAUUGACACCUGCUCCUUUUACCUACUCGCUCACACGAAAUUGGAUGAAUUACCUUUUUAACUACCUUUCCUUUGUUUGUUAUUGUGCCUUGGAUGAAUGAAGGGGUUCUGAGGUUUGUGACCUUUUUUAAGUGUGAAAAACUGAAUCAUUUUAUCUGAUCAUGAUGUUUAAGCGCCUUUAAACACAAAAAGAAACAAAACAUGGAUUUCACUGUGAGGAAAGAGUCAUGUUCCUGGCAGCAUUAGCAGAUGCAGAUGUUUGAUCUGCUGUAUCAGGGCGCAUUUUUACACGUCACUCACGUAGUAAUGAGUAAAAAUGGUCCUGUACUGUUUUUCACCACCUGUACCAAUAACUAAAGCACAGAUAUCAGCCAAAUGAACCACCAGCAGCUUCUGAAUUACUGGCUUUCGAAAAUUCAGGUGUACCGAUUAGAAUUUUUACAGCCAAUUGUGAUUUUCUUUACAGCUAAAUUGGCUAAUUGGCCAUUUUUGGCAAAAUUGAAUAGCCUUUUUUAAAAUCCAAAGCUGACCGGCUAAAAGAACAGUACUUUUUAUUAGUGACGCACCAAAUUGAACAUUUAGACUGACAGCGAAAAUCAGGACACACUGGGCCAAAAACUGAAACCCAAAACGGUUUACUUAAUUAUUAAAAUUAUAAUAGUAUGCAGCUACAGAUCGUGCCAUGAAAUCCAGUGUCUAUAACAGAGAGCGGUCGUUUAUCCAGGACAAUCAAUUCCAUUAUUGUUUAGUUAUUCUUUGCACUUUCUCUGUGGUUUGUGAAUGUUUCCAUCAUUUUAUACACUGAGCAUAUGUAUUAUCUGUUAAGUGUGAGGUCUUGACUCUUCGUCGUAGGUUCAAUGUAAUCUUUGAGUUUUUUCAGGCAAAUUUUCAGAAAUUUUUCUCUUUUUUGACCAAUUUUGGCUGAAAUUUUUCAGUGGCUGAAAUUUCGAUCCAUCACUAUUUUUCUUUAAGCCACAGCUGCAAUGGAAAUUAAAUUUUUUGCUCUUUAGUGAGCCAAAUUGCCAUUUUAAAGUCCUAAAUUAAAAUUCAGCUGCUCUAUUGAAAAGCUAGCAGCGACUGGCUAUUCAGCAUGAGUCAAGUUCAACUAUGCUACGAUAUUUCAGUUCUGGUGUACCAGUAUCAUCAUGAUCUUACCUGUCUAACAUUACAGUACAUCACAAAAUCUCUGCACAGAUUGGCCAAAACAACAAAAACAAACCUGCUGAUUGACUAUCUUGGCCGAUUCUGCAUGUUCUUGUUGGACGAUAGCAGAAUUUUGGAGAAAUAUCAGGUUGCAGAAAUUAAAUGAAGUGUCAGCAAUACAUUUUGAGCCUUACACAUCAGGCCGUGCGUGUACAUUUUAAUCCAGCUUGACUUUAGUGCUAGUCUAGCGUGUUGCUCAUAUAGGCCUGAUAGCUUUACCAGAUCACAGCGCGUGUCUAGUUGUGAGAGCCGAUGUUUUAGACUGUGUGGUUUAUCUUAUAUGUACUGAUGUGUAAAUUGCAGUUAGCUUUCAUCGGGCUGUUAUGUAUAUAUUGGUAGAAUUGCUAAAUGUUCACCACUGUUACUUUCUCAUUCCUAAUUUUACACUUAAAUGUAAAUUUUUAAUUCCACUUUAAUUUCCAGGUGAGAAAAUGUUCCACUGUAAAAAAGAAUAAAAAAUUACAGCCUGAAAAUUGUUCAGAUCAGAGAGCACACCAUGCAUUGAUUGGUUCAGAGCUUUUUGGCGCCACCUGCAGGGCAAAAGUGCAACAACUGUCUGCCAAAGUGUAAUACAAUGCCAAAAUGGAAACAUGGAAGAUAAAAUGAAAACAGCAAAAUGAUAUGAAGACUUUUCCCUUUUCCAAAUAUUGCACUGUUAUUAGAGCUUUGUAGGUCCGGCACAGGCAUCAUUUUAAAAGUGUUAUUGUUUUACAGUAAAAAUGAUUUGAAAAACAGCAGAAAAAAUGUCCUUUUAUAAUUAUAUAAUAAGAGUCAGUCUGAAAAACCUAUUCACAUUGUUCUUGCCUGUGGUUCUGACUUUUGGAGGGGUGUGAAGUUGUUUUUAUUUGUUAAUAUCUUGUAUUUGUCUUAGUGCCUUAAGGAGCCGAAUAGCUUUAAGAGCUGAAUAGCUGUAAAAGAGAUUGGUGUGUAAACGUGGAUCUGAUGUACGUUUUUGAUACCGAGUGAGUGAAAUCCUGUAGUUUAGUGUUUCCUGUUAGCGAAGGUCGCCAUGUCCCGAGAGGCGUGUUUGCGUGUAGGCCCAGUUGAUCACUCUCGUAAAUGCCCGGAGGACCAAACGGACUGCAAAUCUACUGAAUCUUCUGCCUUGCGCGAGCACCCUCCCACUUCAGAAGUCCCGCCUUUCCCCAAACUGACACUGCAAACGGCACACAGUGAACGCAGCUAUGGGGCGAGCUUCAUUAAAGCAGCACGUCAGCGUUUUCCACCCUGAUCUCUGUCUGCUGCAUCUGGAGCGCAUGGUCGAAUACCAUGGAUAAUGAUUUCAGCACGUUUCCCUGAACUUAGAACAGAAGAGAAAAACCAUGAACUUGAAACUCGCUUAUAGUAGAACCCAAUGGGCACCUGUUGAAAUACGCGAUACGGCGCUGAGUAUCAUAUUGUAUAAUGAGCAAUGUUUCCAUCGACUUUAUGUGCAAAUUACAAGUGGUAAAAUGCAAAUUUGUACGUUAAAUAUUCCAUCAAAUCAAACUAACUUUUAGAGAUGAAAAUGCUUUACAUGAUGACGUCUUUUUCAGCAAAAACGGCUUUGGUUUAUUAGAAAUAAAAGUGGUGUUUAUUACAGACAGUUUGCAUUUCUGUUGACAAAAUUAACAAAAUUAGCUGUUUUUUAAAAAUAAAUAAAUAAAAAAAAAACCCUUCAGAAAUGUAGCUAGCCAGCUAGACCGUAGCUAGAACGUAGCUAGACCAGGCAUGAUUUUGUAACAAGAACGUCUGGGGACUACCAUGAAAAAUUCAGGGUUAAAAGUGGGGGGGGAGUCGUAGACUUAGUAGGACAGGACCAAAUGGAGAGUGGAAUUUUAAAAACCAAUCUGAUGUGAUGUGGAGCUCACAGUAGGUGGCUUUUUGUGUGUUAGCUUGUGAGUACUGCAUUAGCUCAGGGCUAACAUGUUAGCUUGUAGCUAGUGCCUUCGACAUCAUAAAGCUUUUGUUUCUGAUUCCUGUUCUUAUGACGUUAAUCCGACACUACAACACUAAGGCGAGGUGUGUCCCAAUUCAGGGGCUGCAUCUUUUGAAGGAUGCCGUCUACGAAGGCGUGUCCUGUGAAGGCUGAACUGAAAUGAGACGGUCUGCUCUACGGCGGAUUUCCUGUUUGCGUCACAGCGCCGCUGUUCCCACUGCAUCACAAAACGCCGCUCCUGUCAAGUUCUUUUAAAUUUCUUUAAAGAUGGAGCCAAAAACUUUGAUUUUAGUUUUUUAGUUUUUUAGUUUUUUGCUUUGGACCAAAUUUGUAAUGUUAACUAUUCGACUCAGUUUAAACCCAAACAUUCAGCCGCUGUUCAUUCCUCUGCUGACUACGCCAUGUUCUCGAAUCCUCGCCGGCACACAUUGAACCUUGGGAUAUGCUGGCUGGCGAAGGAUCCACCCAUUGGAUCCUUCGUUGCCAUGGAAAAGAAGGCUGCAUAUGAAGGAGCCUUUGAAAUGGGACAGCCUAGUCGCACCGCUGUGACACAACCGGUCUUCAAAUGCAGCCUCCAAAGGACGCAGCCCCUGAAUUGGGACACAGUAGUUCUGGUUUCUUUUGCUUUCCCAAAUGGUAUCCAUGAAAACUCCACCCAUUCCAUUAAUAACGAAUUACCAAAGAUUCUUCCCUCUGGAAAAAUAGGGCGCAUCUCUGAAAGAGCGAAUUAUACAGAUUUACAGCUUUGUUUACAAACAGCUUUGAUUGAAUUAAUGGAAUUAAUUCGCAUAAACAUUUAAAUCUGCCCAUUGGCUCCUGUUGAGUGAAGGCCACUGCAUUAGAUUAAAGCCAUAUCGAGACAACAGAAAGCCAUAGUAGGAGACAUGGCUUGAAAUUCACUCAGAGAAGGUCAGUCUUUUAGAAAAAUAGACAAACGAUCUGCUAGUUCCGCUAACUUAGCCUAGUUUGCCUAAUUACCUGCGUAGUCUUUUUCAGCUCCUGUCUUUCAGCUCAAGUUUGCAAAGAGCUAGUAAACUGAUCAAUUAUGGUAAAAAUUUAAUUUAAUUAAAUUUAUACAGGUAGAGUGUAAAAAUGAGCUUGAACUUGGUGUUUAUCAGUUGUGACACAAGUAGCAUAGCACACUCUGCCCUGUAUCUGCAGCGCAUUCGGUGUGCAGUGGCCUUUAAUCCUGUUUCUGUUCUGAGUUCAGAGAAAUGCGUUGAUGUCGCUGUCCGUGCUGACCAUCCGUACAGCAGCAGAUCGAGAUGAGGCUGGAAAACGCUGGACUGCACCUUUAAUGUUCUGCUGUAUCAUGACUGUAGAGUGAGUUUGUGUUUAAAUGGUCCAAACUGUUUGAACGAUGUCUGUACUUUUUUUAAUUAUGCCAAUUAUGCAAUAAAAAUAUCACUGCACAUACA